AUGUACGUGCUGGAGGGACUCUACGAGUCUGUGUACAAUGCGAGGUGGAGCCAUGUUAUGGAAGUUACUGACGGCGAGGGGACGGGAAUGAAGGUGAAGGAGGGGAAACCACCGCAGUCAUGGUCGUACAAGAAAGUUGGCUACACUCUUGAAAAGGAUGACGGUGUGCAGCAAUUUGGUGCAGAGCGUCUUAGGCUGAUGGUGCUUACCUCGGACAAGGGAUGGCCGUACUCGUGGGAACGGGAGGUGAGUGAAUUUAUUCAUGACUGCUAUUUGAACUGUGAGGUGGAGCGAGUGUGGCGGAUCGUCAAGGGCGAUCUAAGCAAGUGGUUCAGGAGUCACGGAAAGAACAAACCUUCGUCCAAUAAGCGCCUGUUGAUUGGGACGCCCGGGAUCGGGAAAUCUUUGGCUGCCGGUUCUUACCUCCUCUAUCAGCUGCUGCACUACGAUGCGGAGCAACUCCCAAUGGUUGCGUACGUUAUUGCGGGUCGAAAAUACCUAUUUGACAAGACCGCCAAAACGGUGAAAAAAUACAGUGAGGCGUCUAACAUCGUGGAUGUUUUGGGCAGUUUCUCUCGGCGUGGGGUGAAAGGGUAUAUUAUCUACGACAUUGCAAGGGAGGGUCAUGAACCGUCUACUGGUUUGCCUUGCAAGGGAUGGGGCAUGAUUGUGGUGACACCACCAGACAAAAACAACUACGAAUCGUGGGCGAAGCAAAUGGGAGCGGAACAAAUCAUAAUGAAUUGCCCCGAAGAAAAUGAUUUGAAGGCAAUGUGCGCUUGGAGGAAGCACAAUGGGCAGCUUGAGGAGGAAGAAACGAAGGAAGAAGCGGACUACUGGAAAAAGGUGAAGGAUCGCAUGGAUAAAGUGGGGCCGAUUCUCCGCUUCAUCUUUAAUGAAAAAAAGUGUGAGGCUCGCUUUAUCGCGUGUGAAGAUGCCGUGGAAGCAAUCACUCCUUCGAUGCUACAGUAUGACGCUGGUAUUGGGAGUGGCAAAUCGUGCAAAGGCAAUAAUGUGUCUCACAAGCUUGUGAAGGCUGUCCGAGUACGACGAAGAAACCUUGAAUCGUCUUUGAAUCUACUUAUAUCUCCCCAUUUUGAACGUGAAACAUUGUCCAUGGUGGAAAGUGAAAUGAAGCAGACGGAUUUUUUUUUUCUCUUGUUGAGUAUUUGGGAUUAUGUCUUACCACAUUUUUUUGAAAAGUAUGCCGUAUCCGCAUUUUUGAAUGAGGACUUCCUACGUGCCAUAAGACUUAAAAUUGAGGAACUGAAGCUACCAGGACGAGGUGAGUCACACACCUGUGCGCUGGUAAAGUAUUCUUACAAAAGCUUCACCAGGAAAGAGUUUUUACAAGUACCAGACAACCCUUCUAAUCGGAUCGCCAUAGAGUACUGGGUGCUGUAUGAACCGAGGGUCAAAAACUUUCCGUUGGUGGACGGCUUUUUCUUUGUGGACUCAAACCCGAAGACGCUGGUUGGGCUGCAGAUGACUACGGCAGGUGAGCACCACACCAUACCCAGCACUGUGAGGCAGUUCACUGAGUGCCUGGCGGCGUAUUUUAAUGGUUGGGAGGAAUUAUCCCAAGACAUGUUGUGGGAUAUUAUUUAUGUGCAGCACGCAGACAGCACGCCGAUGAAUGGCUGGCAGAGAUGUGAUGUUGUCCGCUCUGAGAGUGUGAACGAGGAGAGCCGUGAGAUAGCGGCGUUCUGGAAGGAAAAGGUGCAUCAGUACCGAGCAGCAGUAUCAUCCGCUGACGCCAGAAGAGAGAAAGCUCUCCGGAGGUGA